CACACAUGUAUAUACGCGUGCAGUAUAAAACAUGUACGUGCAAUGUUGAGUUUUACAUUUUACGUGCGUCAAGCUAUUUCGCUGUAAAUAAAACUUCUUAUCUUUAUGAAAUAUUACCGUAGAAAAAUAAUUAUUUUAAAAGGAUAAUGUGAUUCUUUACGACCGUGUACGUUCUUGCGAUAAUAACUUAGUUAAACUCUCCUGAAAGAACUGGUGAGCACGAUUCAUUGACAUCGUUGCUCACGAAGACUUAUUAGUAUCUCGUAUGCGUUGAAUGAGUGAAAGAUACACAGUUUUCUACUGUUUAAUGUCUUUUGUCCUGCAUCCUGGCAAAAUUGUCCGACAGUGAAUAAUGUCGACUAAUUUGAACAAAGACUGCCUUGAUCGGAGUCACAUUUACAAACUGCAACGCUGUAAUAUGUCGCUAUAAGGAAUAAUGAAACGAGUUACGAGGAAAAAAAAGUUCUUUAAAAAAUUUCCAUUCAACCGGAGCAAAUUAUGUUUCUUUUAACGAUCCGUCGAACUUAAAUUGCAGGAAUAUCUAUGAUCGUUGAUGAUUUUUAAUUACCGCGAGAGAACACCUGUGAAACCGUAUCGAAGAUAGCGCAACGGAUCAUGAAUGUGGUCAGCAUAGCAGAGAGGCGGUGUCGAGAAGGUGGUUGACACGCCUUCGCAUCUUUGAAAUGAUCGAAAGCGUAUCACGAAGAGCGUUGAGUGGCUCCAGUGGGAGCUACCACGUUCGUGGUGCUGAAUUAGCAAGGAAUCGUAGAUUGAAAUCUCUUUCUGCUACUGUUGUCUUUCUCGAUGACACACAACACACAUUUCAACUAGAUAAAAGAGCAAAAGGACAAACAUUAUUAGAUUUAGUAUUUCAACAUUUAGAACUUGUUGAAAAAGAUUAUUUUGGCUUACAAUAUGCUGAAAAUGGUGCCACAACAUGUACAUAUUCACCAGAUGUUAUGGUGGACAAUUCUACUUCAAAGUAAAAUUUUACGUAUCUGAUCCUAGUAAAUUACAAGAAGAAUAUACUAGAUACCAAUUUUAUUUACAAAUAAGAAGAGAUAUUCUUCAAGGAAAACUUCAAUUACCACCAAGUACAGCAUGCCUUAUUGCUACUGAGUUGGGUGACUAUCAUCCUGAAGAACAUGGACCAGGAUAUCUUUCUAGAUUGCAGUUGAUACCAGGACAAACUGAGGAAAUGGAAAAGAAAAUAGCUGAACUACAUAAACUGCAUAAGAUUCAACAAAUAAAGAGAUACAAUUAGGUGUAACGUCUAUAGGUUUAGUAGUAUUUCAAAAUGGAAUAAAAAUCAAUGUUUUCUCAUGGUCGAAAAUAGUAAAAAUAUCAUUUAAAAGAAAACAAUUUUUUAUUCAACUGAGAAGAGAACAGUCAGAAAACUAUGAUACUCUGCUGGGCUUCAACAUGCUAACAUAUCGUAGUUCAAAAAAUUUAUGGAAAGCAUGUGUAGAACACCAUACAUUCUUCCGGCUUCACAGUCCUAAAACAAGGCCAAGGCGUUUUCCACUUACUUUAAGCAGUAGAUUUACAUAUUCAGGACGUACAGAAUUUCAAACAGUUGAAGAUGGAAAGCACCGAGCAAGAGUAGAAAGAACGUUUAUACGAUCGCCAAGUAAAAGAUUAGUACACGGAGUAACAUCAGGCCCAAUUAUCGAAGAGAAAGGAAAAUUAUCAGUGCCUCCUGGACGACCACCUAGACCAUAUGAUAAUAAAGUUCAAUCUCUUGGUGCUCGUGAACCUCGUCGAGCAUGGGGUGAAGGGAAUCCUAGUGAUGAUGAAGGAGGUUUCUUAUCUCUCCGUGAAGAAAUAACGAGUUCGCAUACACAAGGCAAUGCAUUUUCGCCUGUAUUAGGUUCUAGAGUUUUAAGUUACGCCGACGAUGAUACAACUGCUGAAAGGAACAUUUAUGAUCUUCCUGACUAUAGCGAACCUACAAGUUCGCCUGCUCCUCAGAUAGUAGAAGAUGGAUUAGUUACGAUAUCUCUAACGCCAGAUGAACAAGGCCGAUUUGGAUUUAAUGUCAAAGGUGGUUUAGAUCUAGAUAUGCCUAUUUUAGUCUCGAGGGUCGCUCCAAAUACUCCCGCUGAUCGUUGUUAUCCGAAAUUAAAUGAAGGAGAUCAGGUAGUGUAUAUAAAUGGAAUUGAUGUCAGUGGUUUGUUACAUGAACAUGUAGUAAAUUUAAUUCGUCAAUCUCGUGAUUCGGGUUCCGGUGAGCUGACAUUAACUGUGAGACCGAAUGCUUUAUACAAUGCUCUAGCUGGUACUGAUGAAACAUCUGAAGAAGAACCUCCAUAUAGGUAUGUUCCGGAUGCACCUCAUGCAGCUAUCGGGUCAGACGCAUUAGCACAGUCGAUGUUGCUUCUUGCUGAUGGUCUCGCAAGCGGUGCUUUAAUCGCGCAGUAUGAACAACUAUAUAGAAAAAAUCCUGAACUCACAUCUCUGGAAUCCAAAAAGCCUGAAAAUCAGAGCAAAAAUCGUUACCGAGAUAUUUCACCAUGUAAGAGAAAUGAUGUUACACGGGUGAUACUUAUGGGCUCUGCAAGUGGAGAUUAUAUUAACGCUAACUACGUAAACAUGGAAAUACCGGGCUCUGGUAUUAUCAACAGAUAUAUUGCCACUCAAGGACCUUUAUCCUCGACUGUUGCUGAUUUCUGGCAGAUGGUUCUCGAAGCAGGCAGUACUCUCGUUGUAAUGCUUACAACUUUGGUCGAACGUGGCCGAGCAAAAUGCCACCAAUAUUGGCCCGCGCUUAAUGAAACUCUUACGUUACGAAAUCUCACUCUUACGUCUACCGCUGAAAAUAUUGAAGAUACUUUUAUAUUUCGAGAAUUUAUACUCCGUGAUAUUAAUACUGGAGAAGAAAGAGAUAUAACGCACAUGCAGUAUUGCAGUUGGCCAGAUCAUGGAGUUCCCAGCGAUUGGAAACAAUUCACUACAUUUACCGAAAAGGUACGGGCAGCUCGAACGGGAAUAGUGGAACCCGCAGUUGUUCACUGUUCUGCUGGAAUUGGCAGAACAGGUGUUUUAGUCCUAAUGGAAACGGCACUGUGUCUUAUCGAAGCGAAUCAACCCGUAUAUCCAUUAGACAUCGUGCGAUCUAUGAGAGAUCAAAGGGCAAUGAUGAUACAAAAUGCUGUAAGUUGAAAUUUACAAAUCAAAUUUUUAGAUUGAGACUAACUGAUUAUGUGUAAAUCUCCUUUAUAUCUAAUGAAAAAAAUAUACUUCUUUUAGAGUCAAUAUAGAUUUGUAUGUGAGGCGGUCCAUAAAGCUUAUAGCGAAGGAAUAGCUAAGCCACUUCCUGAAUUCAGUAGAUGAAAAUAUUACAAAUUCGGAAAGCAUUGUAAUUACCAUUCUCUUUACAUUUUAUCAAAAUAUCACUUCACUAGAGGAUAAUUUUAUAUUCUGACAAUAAUAUACUUAUAAUAUUUAUUAAUAGGAGAGAUAUAUACUAUUAUAAAUAGAUAUUUUCUAUCCGUUACGAAUAUAUUUUUUAUCUAGAACUUAAUUACGCGAAAAACACCACAACUUUUCACGCCUUAGAGCUUACCCUCUUUUUAAUUUACGUACUAACAUUUGUAAACAAUGAAAUUUCGAUAAAAUUAAGUUCACUAAUAAGCUAAAUUUAAGUUAAUCUCGAAGUAUUAUUUGAAAUAAUUGUUUCUUACGGCUUGCUCCCAUUAUUAUUACUGCGAUCAGUCUUUAUUUCUAUCCGUAUAAAAUAUAGGCGAAGGUAUGGAAAGUUAAACUUCAAAUGAUGCUGCUAAUAUACUUUUACAUUUAAUAUACUUUUAUUACGUUAUAAAUUACAUUAAUAUACUUUUAUAUACUAAAAUUACAAAAAUCAAAUUCUUUCACUAGACAUAAUUAAUAUUUUGUUUGCUUUAAUUAGUAUUUUGCUAAAAUUUCAUAAAUUUUAAUUGUAAUCUUAUUUAAUUAUUGCUCACAUAGUGAAUUAAUAGUAGAAAUAUCUUUAUACAGAAAUUAAUAUAGCGCCUUAAACUCUGUAAAUGUUUUAGUAUAUUAGCAAAAAAUUUAGAAAUACAUGAGGUGCCAAUAUAAAGAUUGCCUUGAAAAGAAACCAUAAAAUAUUACGAAAUAUAUAAACUAACACAAAAUUGAGAAAUAUCGAAUGUAUAAUCAAUCUAAGUAAGUUACAGUAUGUGAUUGCAUAAAACAAAGCUACGAAACAAUUUAUAAAUCAUUGAAUAUUGAUAAGAAAAUGUACACGUAUUUAUUUAUUUUAUCAUAUUGAAAAUAAUAAUAUAUUUAUAUCAUAAAAAAAUUUUAACUCCUGGCGAUUUAUUGUUAUUUUAAUCUCUGAUUAAAAAUAAUAUUUUUCUUAUGGCAAUUAACGUUAAAUUCCAUUUAUAUAAUGUAUAGUUUAGUUUCUAUUGAAAUAUCAAAAUCUAUUUGCCCGUCUUACAAAAGAGCACAGAGUUUAAAUUGCAUUUUUUUGCAAUUUUGUAUGAUAAAAAAAAAUACAAUAAUAUUCUAAUGUUGAAUAAGAUUAUUUUAAAAUAAAAUUGAGAAUUACGAAGAGUUUAUGUCCUCGCUUUAGCAACUAAUUUAAUAUAAUUUCAUACAAAAUAAAAAGUGAAUCAAAUAAAGUAAAAAUAUAAUAUAUAUUGAAAAAUAUUUCACCCCGCGAAUAUCUCAUUCAGAAUUUUCAAUAUUCUUUGAAUUUUCUAAUAAUGCUAACAAAAUGUACUAUUUUUUAUAAUCGUAUCAUGUGUUCUACUUUCCGCCCAUUUUUAUAAUGUUAAGAUACUUUUAUGUUCUAUACAUAUGUAACGUAUAUUAAUGAAAUUAUUUUUUACGCACAAAAAUAUGACUCGUAGAUUAUCUAAGUAAAUCCACGUAACAAUCUAUAAGUUGAUAAUACAAUUGUAUGUACAAUUAUAAAACAGUACAUCCAUGAAGGAAACAAGAUCAUAAAAACUAAAUAAAAGGUCCUACUUACAUUAUAUAUUACAUAAUGUUGUACAUUUGGUAUAAAAUAUUUGUACAAAAUAGAAACUCAAUAAUGCAAAGCAUUCAUUGUUUAUGUGUACAGCAAAACAUUAUGUUAAUAAUAGAAUAUCAUAAUAUGUAUGUACAUUAUAAUCAUUUGCUGUAUUUUUUUUUUUUUUUUAUUUUGUUGAUGUAACUUUUUUCAAAAUCUUGAUAAAUUAUCUGUGAUUAGGAUUGAAUAGUAAUUAUAAUCAAAGGAUACGUUUUCAUUUCUUUAAUUUAUAUACAAUAGUUUAAUUAAAUGAGGCUAAAAAUCAAUAUAAAACAUAACAUUGUUGUAUAAGCAAGACUGGAUUGCAGAGGAUCAUGUUUCAUUGUUGAAUACUUCUGAUAACAAGCGAUUAAGAAUUGGGUGAAUCUGUUAUACAUAACAGUAAGCACAAUGUUAUUUUAGUAUUUUUCAAAGUAGAUGAUUAUCUGAAUUAUUAAUAGUGCCUUGUAUGUGUGCAUCCAAAUCAUAUUCAUAAAACAAAAAUGAAUACUCUAAUAAUUGUUAUAUUACAACAGUUUCACCUGAUAGAUUUCUUUUUAAUUCCAUUUUAUUAUUGUUUCUUUGUAACAUGUAUAUUUUCUUGUAUAAUUGCCUAUAAUUUUUUUUAUAAUUUAUAUCCUCAAUUAUGUAAAUAUAUUUACAUUUUAUUCAACUCUUGUUUCAUAAAUCAUAAUUUCAUAUGAAUUGCUAAUUAUUUAUUUUGUAAUUAUGAUUAUAUUAAUAAAAUAAUAUCAUAAUUAAUGAUAAUUAUAGUUAAUUAUAAGUUUAGACUGGACAGCACUAGAAUGCUAUAUUAUUUUGAGUUCAAUUUGAAAAUUUAAUUUAAUAACAUUUUUUUCCUAUUAAAUUACAAUAUUUUUAUAUUCUCAAAUAUUAUAUACAUUUAGAAAAAUAGAAAAAAACCAUGUAAACCAGUAUUAAAAAUUGAAAAUUAAGAUAUAUUGAAAAAGUUUAGAUAUAAUAUUUUAGAAUUAAUUUUUAUUAAAUAGAUACAAAAUACAGUAAUAUCUAG